AUGGAAAGUGAACUUAGCUUCUUGAUUUCUGUUCUGAUCAUAUGUGCAGACAUUUCAGCAGGAGUCCUUGGGAUAGAAGCUGAGAUUGAUCAGAGAAAGCAGCAACAUCACCAUGAUCAUCAACAACAUUGCAGAAACCCAAGCUCUGGAGCUUUUGCUGAGGGAGUAGCUGCAUUGGUGCUUCUCUCUAUUGUCCAUGUAACAGCCAAUGUGCUUGGAGGCUACGCUUACGUACGUUCCAAGCAAGAUUUCAAGAGAGCAACGGCUAACAAGAUACUCGCAGUGGCUUUCCUUGUGAUCUCCUGGAUCUUCUUUGCUGUCAGCUACUCGACGCUUGUGGUAGGGACAUUGGCCAACUCGAGAUCGAGUAGAUUCUGUGGCUUGCGGAGUCGUUGGCUCUUUCUGAUUGGAGGCAUAUUUUGUCUAGGUCAUGGACUAGUGACUUCAGCAUUUUAUGUUUCAGCCCUUGCUGCUAGUAAAGAAGACAUACAAGAAGAUCCAGCAAAUAGAAGAGGCGCAUGAUCCUUGUCUUUUUGACACAAUCAUGUCUCGUGAGUGUAUAAAAACUAACAACAUAACACUUGAAGUGCUUCACUUUUAGUAAAAACUUGCUUUCUUGACAUUAAUAAACCUGAAAAAGUUUCAAAG